AUGGACUGUAUCCUGAGUGGUCUCAAUUCCUCCCAGUCCACUGCUGUGACAUCCCCGGCUUCCGUCUUGCAGGUCCUCGCGCCACCGGGUUCGGGCAAGACAAAGACUUUGACGGCGCGCGUCGCGUAUCUUCUAGCGCACCAUAAUUACCGCCCUCAAGAUGUCAUCUGUUGCACAUUCACUAUCAAAGCCAGCCGGGAGAUGCGGGAGAGGCUGACCAAGCUGAUUGGUGAGGACUUACAGAAAAGACUGCUCCUGGGAACCUUCCAUUCGAUCUGCCGGCGGUAUCUCGUGAUCUACGGCCACUUAAUCGGAUUGAAGAAAGGCUUCGGGAUCGCCGACUCCGGUGACAGUACGUCUAUCAUCAAAAAAAUCAUCAAGCGGCUGCGCGUCAGUAUCGAGCCUGGAGCCGCUAGAGGACGGAUCUCCCGCCAGAAGGCCCAGGGCGUCGGUCCAGACGAGGUUGCAGCAAGGAUACAGACAAAGAACAAGACCACAGAGCAAUGGGACUUCGUCCAGGUCUACCGUGAGUAUGAAAGGCACCUGGCGGAGUCGAAUCUGCUGGACUACGAUGACCUGCUUGUGCGAUGCGCCGACCUCCUGAGACAGCAUCCGAAAUGUGUUUCAAAUAUCCAAGCCGUCCUGGUAGACGAAUUCCAGGACACUAACCUCAUCCAGUAUGAGCUCAUGAAUCUCUUUGCAUCCCAGAACAAGCGCAUCACCAUCGUCGGCGACCCGGAUCAAAGCAUCUAUGGCUUUCGCUCCGCAGAGAUCAAGAAUCUGGCACGCAUGCAGAAACUAUAUCGCGACACAUCCGUUGUCUUACUGGAGAACAACUAUCGGUCGUCUGGGUCUAUCCUGAAUUCGGCACAGGAUGUCAUUGAGCAAGACACCUACAGACCAGCGAAGAAGCUGCAGCCAACACACAGCGUGGGAACCAUGCCUGUGCUGCGGAAACUGGUAGAUGCCGAAGCUGAGGCGCGUUGGAUCGUCCUCGAGAUUAAACGUUGUAUUGGAACGACAGGCAAGCUCCUCAAUUACUCCGACUUUGCCGUAUUGCUCAGAACGGCGGCUCUUUCUCGACGCAUUGAGUCAGCAAUGGGAAAGAAUGGAAUUCCAUACCGGAUGGUUGGAGGCUCAAAAUUCUUCGACCGAGUCGAAAUCAAGCUGCUUCUAGACUACCUCCGGGUCAUCAGUCAUCCGCAAAACAGCGAAGCCCUUACCCGUGUCAUCAAUACUCCGUCGAGAAGAAUCGGAGAAGAGACAAUCAAGGCGCUCACCACCGGCGCCGAGAAAGCGAACUUGCCUCUCUGGGACUAUAUCAAGGGUGUAGCGCAAGGCCACCGGUCAGCCGACUGCACUCUUUCAAAGCUCACGAAUCAAGGCCUUUGCACCUUCGUUGGAAUCAUCGAGUCUGCACGGAAAAAGCUCAGUAACACCACUGAUAGUUCAUCGCCACGGAUCCUCCUUGACCAUGUUAUCAAGAAGCUGAAUUUUCGAGAAUAUCUCAAGACCUUGCACGGAUCUAAUGAGGAAAACCGGUGGGCCAAUGUGGAGGAGCUGCUGAGCCAGGCAGACGAUACGUCUGGCUCAGACGGCCGAAAUCCCGAGACCGAAAGUCUCCCCGUGAUAGAGGGCCUUGAGCAGCAACAGGCGCACCCCGGGGAAGAAGCAUUGUCUCGGUUUCUCGCGAAUGUGGCGCUGUCCAGCGAGGUCACACUGCAAGAGGAAGGCUCGGAAGCGAACGUCUCAAACGAGAAAGUCACGAUUUCGACCAUCCAUGCGGCAAAGGGACUCGAAUGGCCCGUCGUCUUUGUUCCCGCCGUGUACAAUGGCAGCAUUCCCCACUCACGCGCCGAAGACUCCGACGAAGAACGGAGGCUGCUCUACGUAGCAAUGACCCGAGCACAAGCACUGCUCUACUUGAGCCAGCCUCUCGAACAGUCGCAGGGAGGCGAGAUGACCAAACUGUCCAAUUUCCUUCCGGAGGAAGUAGUCGGCAAUAGGUUCCGCUUGGUCGGCCCUGUCUUCAGCGACGAUGUCGUUCAUGGGAUCGCAGACAUCCUGCAUCGACCCAAACCAGAGGAGGUAGCAAUACAAGAAGCUCAAAGCACACUUACAUCAUUGUUUGAUGACCGGUGGACGCAGGAAGGAUACGAGCAAGUCGAUCCUUCGCUUCAAUAUGGUGAUCGGAAAGCAAUGGUCGAGGGGCCGUAUUCGAAGAGAAAGCGGUUUGACCAGCCGCAAACUACUGAAACCGACACAUGGCUUCCUACUCCAUCCCUAGGAUUCUCAUCAGCCCGAAAUUACAUCGCUGCAAGCAAUGCCGUGGUCGAGGAUCCAGCCACCGCAAAACCCGGUGCCAAAAGGAAGGCGAUUGGCAGUGGUCCCGGUCGUAGGCCCGACGCUUCCCAGAAGACACUUUCCGGCUUCCUAGGACUGCCCUCCUCGCCAGCUACUACGACGGAGGUCGAAGUUACUGCCAAAACUCUCUCAGUGUCAGGCCAGAGAGGGACGUUGUCUGUACCCCCAUUUCAGACGAGACCGACGAAUGCCGCGGCGAAAGGGUCGAUUCCGAAACCAUAUACCAUGCACCGACCGCAAGUGCAGCGGCGGCAACCACCGCGACCAGCCCUCGAACCAUCGCAUCCGAAUGCAUACACGUGGCUGGCCGAGCCCACGGACCUCUCGCGGAUGCCCAAGUCUAUAGUCCAGAACAGCCACGAAACUUCUAUUCAGCCGACAUCAGCUGGCAGUAUGAAUACAUAUUCUGCAAGUACCGACCAGCUAUCUCGGCCCGUCAGCACAUUCCACACGACCACAAUGGCAAUGGUCCAGAACCAACCGCCAACGACGAUGCGAAGGACCCUUGGGAUUCGUCGGAGUAAUGUGGAUGGCUGGCAGGCGCGGAUGCAGAGGGAAAGUCAAGGUCGGUGA